AUCUGAGACCAGCCGGCGGCGGCAGCACUCUGCUAACACAACUGACUAACUGUGGUUUACUCUGUGUUCUUCUUCCAAAAAUUACCGUGAGAGUGUUGCGUUUAAAAGUCAACAUUUUUUGGGGGGGUGUGAAAUAUCUUCAUCGACGAACCUACAUUUAAUUUUCUUCAACUUAGAGCGAACGCUGCCCCCUGCUGGUGAAACGCGGGCAACAACAACAACAACAACAACAAAAACAACAACGACGCACAUCACGCAGCUCGCAGGAACAGCGGUCGUGGCGUGACAAUGGAACGGAACAAAAUCAAACCACACACACACACACACACACUACACACACACACACACACACACACACACACACGUGACAAUAGAAACAACGAAGAGUGUGUCGAGUGUAGGCAAACCAUCACGGGGGAACAGCUCAUUUGAUUAAUACUGAUAAAUUAAAACAACAUUAUUUCAUUUGGGGGCGGAAGAAGAAACAACAACGUCGCGGAGCCCCGCGCGCCGCCGUGUCCGCGGCUCGGGCGCUCACACGGAGCCACAUGAGAGCAGUUUGACCGACUUUGCGCAUCGCGUGCGAACUAACCGCUUCUCGUGACAGCGGCACAGAUGCUUCUCAGGCGAACGCCGCCUUCGCUGCAGGAAGUGUGUAGCGGAGCGGCACGGCGCAUGCUCUCGCGCCUCUUGUCGACGAGCGGAGGAUGAAGUGUCCGCUGCUGUGAGAGAAAGAAAAUCUAAAAUCGCUCUGUGGGGAGGGGUGAUGGCGGGUGCUGAGGUCACUGUGUCUUCAGGGGAGCUCAUGACAGUAAAGGAAGAGGAGGGGGAGUCCAGUGGCAACAACCAUAAGUCUCAAGUCAUCCUGCACCUGCAGCCCGUCCUACAUGGGGUUAAUGAGGACACUGCUGACACUGGCACGACAGUCCUGGCCAUUGAGACACAUCACGACCACAGCAAAGAAGAAGGAGAGGAGAUCGAGUACGGCUACCCCAUCACAUGCGGAGACAGCAGAGCGGUGCUACUGUUCAAGAAGUUUGUGUGCCCCGGAAUCAAUGUCAGAUGUGUCAAAUUCAACGACCAGCUCAUCAGUCCUAAGCAGUUUGUACACCUGGCAGGGAAAGCCACUCUGAAGGACUGGAAAAGGGCCAUCAGACUUGGAGGGGUUAUGCUUAGGAAAAUGAUGGACUCUGGCCAGAUAGAUUUCUUCCAGCAUGACACCGUGUGCAGCAACACCUGCCGCAGCACCAAAUUCGAUGUGCUGAUCAACAGUACCAGGCUUCCUCCGGGGACCUCGGUGCAGCCGAGCCCGUCGAGUCUGGCUCUUGACCCUCCUGGAGGACAGGUGCCUCCGCUGACAGAGCUUGUGCGUGACGCAGCAGAGGUGGAGGAGACUUCAUGGGAUAGGUUCAGUGCAACAGCAGAGUGGAGCCCGGGUCCAGUCCGUCCUAUCAACCCUGCAACAGCCAAUGGACACGCGGCCAAGAGAAAGAGGGCUGAUACACCUGAUGGAGUUUUCAGCCUGUGGAAGGGCGUGGCAGACUCGGGGCUGAUGGGCGAGGUUCUGUCCAGUCUCCAGACUGAGUUAUUAGCCACUCUUAAAGGAGUGGAGGUUCGCAGUGAGAAGGCCAACCUGCAGGAGACUGAUGCCGUCAUUCUUAAUUCCUUGUGUGAGAUGUUUGGACUUUUAGACUCAGUGAAGCAGGCGCUGGACCUGAGGCGCAGCCAGAGUGAAGAGAGCAAAAUCCACGACAAUGCUUAUGUGAUGGAUGAGAUUUUGGAGGCGCGGGGGAAACGGGUGUGUGAUAAAAGCACAUCUUUGAAACUCCUUCGACGCCAACGUCACAACCCGUCCAGUAGCCAAACUCAGAGCGUCCUGUCCCCGGUGAAAACAAGCCCAGUGUUCCAGCCCCUCUCUGUUACUGGUUUAUCAGCUGCGUCUUAUGCUCAGCUCUUUAGCCAUGUCUCUGCCCUCACUGGCCUGCACCACCAUAACCGAGUUGGCAGGAUGGACAGAUUCAGGAACCAUGAGCUCAGUGAGCUGGGGGGCAAGGAGAAGGUUCACCGGCGGGCACAGGAAACCUCAGGGAACUACAAAGAGCCUGAACUAAGAACUGGUAAGUCUCGAGAAGCCCUUCAUCUCAGAAGUCAAGAAGAAGAGGAGACAGACGGUGUGCAUGACAUCGAAAAGGUGAUCAUCAAGUCCUCAAAGAAACAUAAAAGUAAGUGAGAGGGAGAUAAAGAUGAUCCCAUAACGGACUGCAGGAGACCUAAAGACUUCAAGGAUAAAAGAUUCAGAAAAUGAUGUUACUUUACAAACAAUAUUUUUAUUUUUUCUUAAUUUCACGUCAUUACUUUUGAUGAGUUGUGGUUAUGUCUGUGGUGUUGCAGUCAGAGAUUUGUUUUGAGUUUAUAAAUGGCACAUUAAAGGCGACCAUUUUGUGUUUGCUUUUCUAACAUUUAAUGAAUCAAAGCAAUGUAGAGGUAAAAUCAUCAUUUGAUUAUUCUCUGAUUAGAUUAAUCAUUUAAAUCAUUUUUUUUUGCUAAAAGAUUCCAAAAAAUUCACUGAUCCCCGCUCUAUAUGCAGUAUUUCUUAAAAUAUGUCACAUUGUCACUUCCCAUGUUCUGGAAAAUUGCAAAGGUUUUUAUUUUAUUUUUAUUUUUUGAUAUUUUAUUUAAGAAUUCAUUAAUUUAUGAAGAAAAUAAACAGUGAUAAUGAAAACAAUUGUAAGUUGCAGGCCUACAAUUAUGGAUUAGAAACCUGGGUAGUUACAAAUCUAUGUAAGUGCACAUUUCAGUGUAAUGAUGCUAUUUAAAAUUCUGUAUAUACAAUAUUUGAUUGUACCUUAUGAUCGGUGCUGAUAUCAUUUCCCCUUAUUUAAAAGUAGAUGGCAAAAUGUUCAGGUAUUUGUGACAAAUAGCCUCAAUACUUUUAAAAAUGACUUAAAUUUUGUAAAUCGACAUACAGUACUUUCAUUAUGAGUUAAAAAAGUUUUUUGACAAAUUUGAUUUUUUUGUGUGAAAUAUUUGGCACUCUGGCUUGUAAUAAUGCCUAAGACCUGCCGAAGCUCUAUGCACCAAUACAGUAUUCUUAAUCUAAGGCAGUGAAAACUAUAUAGAUGAAAUAAGUAUUGUGGCUGUUGGCGUGUGAUGUUGCUUUAUCCAGGGUACUGUGUACUCACCUGCCAGAAAUAUCAUGUUAAAUAACUUCUAUGCCCUUUAAAAAUAAGAAACUGUGACCUUGUAAGAUAUUGAGCACAUUUUAAAUAAAAACAUUUACAAUUAAAAUUC